UUGUUUCCACUUUUCCCCCCUCUCACUUUCCCCCAGAACUUCCCUAUAACAGGGAACUCUAACACCUAAUAACGUUAGUGAAGGGCUGUGGGUCGGGCGGUUGGGAGGAGUUCGGGAACUAGUAAUGAUGAUUGGUAAAAUGUUACCAUUAUUUUUCUACUUGUUUAUAAAUGUUAAUUUUCUUGUAUUUUUUUUUUUUAAGUUCGUCUGCUGCGACUCUUCAGGGCAAUACUCACCAUCUCCUCAUAAGGAACAUCUGGAUACUGAUCAGACACAGCGAGAGCACUGAGAGAUAUCAGGUAUUGAUGUAACUGGAGUGAAUAAGGGAACCUUCUUCCUGAGCACAGACAUUGGAGCCUGUUAUCAGCAUGAGCUCAUAUGUGUUAGACAAACACGUCAAUAGUUCAUAUCCAUCCUUCACUACAGGAAGCAUCAGAAUGAUACCGCAAACUCCAAAAGUCUUAGACACCAAUGACUAUUCACAAACAUUGGGGAAAUCACAGCAGAUAUUUAAAGAAGAUGGUGAAUUGGCAGGAACUGGGCAGCAAUCAUUAUGUACAGAGAGUAAUUUAGUCAUCAAACAAGAGGACAACAUGUAUGCCUUAUUUAGUGAAAUGAUUAUCCCAGAGGAUAAACCACACACAUUUACAGAGUACUCCAAACAUUUUAAGGAAGGGAAAAGUCUUAAGUCUAACCAAAUGAUUCAUACAAAUAAGAAACCAUUCAAAUGUACAGAAUGUGAGAAAAGCUUCACAUGUAAUUUGCAUCUCCUUGAAAACUGCACAGUUAACACAGUUGUAAAACCUCACAUGUGCACUGAAUGUGGGAAAUGUUUCACUACUAAAGGAGGCCUUAUGUAUCACAAAAAGACCCACACAGGGGAGAAACCUUUCACAUGUAAUGAGUGUGAGAGAUGUUUCAGAUCCAAAGCAAAUCUCAUAUCUCAUGAAAAGACCCACAUAGGGGAGAAAUCUUUCACAUGUACAAAAUGUGGAAAAAGUUAUACACAUAAGAGUAAUCUGAAAACUCAUGAAAGGCUUCACACAGGAGAAAAGCCAUUCACAUGUACAAAGUGUGGGAAAGGAUUUAGGAUCAAGAGUGAUCUAAAAUAUCAUGAUAGUAUUCACACAGGUGAAAAGCCUUUCACAUGUACAGAGUGUAGAAGAAGUUUCAGACAUAUGAGUAGUCUGAAAACUCAUGAAAGGAUUCACACAGGGGAAAAUCCUUUCACAUGUACAGAGUGUGGAAAAGGUUUUACACAAAUAACUAGUUUGAAAAAUCAUGAAAGGAUUCACACAGGGGAAAAGCCUUUCACAUGUAGAGUGUGUGGAAAAUGUUUUACACAAAUAAAUAGUCUGAAAAUUCAUGAAAGGAUUCACACAGGAGAAAAGCCUUUCACAUGUACAGAGUGUGGAAAAAGUUUUACACAAAUGAGUAGUCUGAAAAAGCAUGAAAGAAGUCACACAGGAGAAAAGCCUUUCACAUGUACAGAGUGUGGAAAAAGUUUUACACUUAUGAGUAGUCUGAAAACUCAUGAAAAGAGUCACACAGGGGAAAAUCCUUUCACAUGUACAGAGUGUGGAAAAAGUUUUACACAUAUGAGUAGUCUGAAAAAGCAUGAAAAGAGUCACACAGGAGAAAAGCCUUUCACAUGUACAGAGUGUGGAAAAAGUUUUAUACAAAUAAGUUAUCUGAAUACUCAUGAAAGGAGUCACACAGGAGAAAAGCCUUUCACGUGUACAGAGUGUGGAAAAAGGUUUACAUAUAUGAGUAAUCUGAAAACUCAUGAAAGGCUUCACACAGGAGAAAAACCUUUCACGUGUGCAGAGUGUGGAAAAUGUUUUAGACAAAUAAAUGGUCUGAAAACUCAUGAAAGGAUACACAAAGGAGAAAAGCCUUUCACAUGUAAAGAGUGUGGAAAAAGUUUUACACAUAUGAGUAGUCUGAGAAAGCAUGAAAGAAGUCACACAGGAGAAAAGCUUUUCACGUGUACAGAGUGUGGAAAAAGUUUUACACAAAUAAGUUAUCUGAAUACUCAUGAAAGGAGUCACACAGGAGAAAAGCCUUUCACAUGUACAGAGUGUGGAAAAAGUUUUACACAUAUGAGUAGUCUGAGAAAGCAUGAAAGAAGUCACACAGGAGAAAAGCCUUUCACGUGUACAGAGUGUGGAAAAAGGUUUACAUAUAUGAGUAAUCUGAAAACUCAUGAAAGGCUUCACACAGGAGAAAAACCUUUUACGUGUGCAGAGUGUGGAAAAUGUUUUAGACAAAUAAAUAGUCUGAAUUCUCAUGAAAGGAUUCACACAGGAGAAAAGCCUUUCACAUGUAAAGAGUGUGGAAAAAGGUUUACACAUUUGAGUAGUCUGAAAACUCAUGAAAGGAUUCACACAGGAGAAAUGCCUUUCACAUGUAAAGAGUGUGGAAAAAGGUUUAUACAAUUGAGUGGUCUGAAAACUCAUGAAAUGAGUCACACAGGGGAAAAACCUUUCACAUGUAAAGAGUGGAAAAAGUUAUAGACAUAUAAAUAGUCUGAAAAUUCAUGAAAGGAGUCAGUCACACAAGAGAAAAGCCUUUCACAAGUAAAGAGUGUGGAAAAAGUUUUACACAUAGGUCAUCUGAAAACUGAUGAAAGGGUUCACACAGGAGAAAAACUUUUCACAUGUUUAUAAAGUAGAAAAAGGUAUCCCGUACCAGUUAGGUAUCACCAAACAUAAAAUAUUUUUUUUACAAAAUAAACUUUAUACGCACUGUGUGGAAACCUUUUAAAAAUUAUCAUAAAGAGGUCUCUAAAAGAAUGGCAUUGUAAAUAAUACUUUCUAAAUCCCCAGUUACAAAAUCUCCAUAUUGAAAGUGCUCUCCUGCUGUCCUUUGUUCCUCUAAACAUGUGCACCUCAGUUUCUCUCAUAUCAAUAUGAUAGAAUCUAAACACCACACAGCAAUAUACAAAUCUGUCCUCAUACUGACCAGUUUACACAACCAUUAAACACCGAAGUAUUAUUUAUUAAUAUGCCAGUGUUAGGAGUUGUAUGUUUUGUUUACAUAGGGGAGAAAAUUAUUACAUUUACAGAAUAAAGGGGUCUUUAUAUGAAUAGAAUGCUAGAAAAUUAUAUAAACAAGAACAUCAGCCUUUAAUAAUGUAUGUGUAGUCUCAUAUAGAAAGAGAAACAAAAGAAGAGGUGUCUUAUAGUGUAAUAUGUCCAAUUCAAAUUGUGAUUAGGGUUUGGUAUUUUUGCACUCACUUUUGGUAAAGCACUAAUGUGCUAGUCAAGUG